UCCUCAUUUACACAAACACCUCACAAGCAAUCAAAUACUCUUCUCGCCGGAAAAUCAAAGAUGUCGAUUCAGACCGCCAUUAACCACCGCGAGAACGCCGAGAUUAUCACCGGCGACUCUCUCCUCUGCAAGCAGAAAUCAAAAGAACUCUUGGAGAAGAUUCACAUGCCAAAAGGUCUCCUUCCUUUAGACGAUAUCGAAGAAGUGGGUUACAAUGAGAAGACCGGAUUCGUCUGGCUAAGGCAGAAGAAAGGAAAGGAACACAAGUUUAAGAAGAUCGGAAAACAGGUGUGGUACGAUACAGAGGUUACGGCAUUUGUGGAGAAUCAACGUAUGCGAAAGCUGAAAGGAGUGAAGAGCAAGGAAUUGUUGAUCUGGAUUACGAUCAAUGAGAUCUAUAUUGAUGCUGAAGAUCCGGAGAAGAUUACUUUUGGUACUCCGACUGGAAUUUCUAGAUCUUUUCCGGCCACGGCGUUUGCGGAAGGGGAGUGAAAUUAAAUGAUGGUGGUGCAGAGUUCAUGGAUGGGCAUCUUUUCUUUCUCUUUUUCUUUAAUUAAUGGUUUCGAUAAAAUGUAUUAUCUAUAUGUUUACUAUUCGGGGGGGGGACGAGAGACGGUUUUAAAUUGUAAUCCUGAUGAAAAUUAUCUAUUUUUUCGCUAUAUUAAAAAUGAAUCUGAUCUGUA